UUUUCAUCCUGAUUUGCUUUUUUUCAAAACUAAUAAAAGUCCCAUCUGCCCCUCAACUCUAUAUAAACCUCCAUCGCUUCAGCAGGAUCAUAUUUUCUAUGCUCUGGUUUUUUGACUCAGAAAUUUUGGGAUAUAUUCUUUUCUCCAUACCAGUUUGGAGGACUUUAGUGCAUUUUGAGGCCUGCAUUGCAGAUUAUCUUUAAUUCACUACUUUGGUGUAAAAUCAGGGAGAUCUGGUUUUUAUUUUGCAGUUGGGUUUGGAAUCUGUAAUGGCAGUUGCAGUUGGAAAGGUGGUGUGUGCCAAUGGGAAUUCCAAUCCCAUGUUUGGAAUAAAAGAUGGGGAAGACAGAAAAUUGUGGGGCAGAAGAAAUGUUAGAGCAAAGGCGUCUGUUAGUUGUGGGAUGCUGAAAGAAGAGUUUAAGCUGCUUAAAUUGAAAUCCAAUUCCACCCAAAAGGAAUUCAAGAAAGCUUAUCAACGGCUUGCCUUGCAGUAUCAUCCUCAUGUCUGUAAAGGAGAGAAUUACGGUGUGACGUUUCACAAGAUCAAUGAAGCCUAUCAGAUUGUGAUGUCUGCUUUGAUGGAGGUAAAUGAGGAAGAGGAGUAUUAUGGUGAUGAGGAUUACAUGGGAUUCGGUAAAUGGGAAGAAUGGAUGGGAUUUGAAGGUGGUAGGCCAAGCAGAGAUUAUUCCAAUUAUAUUAACUAUUAUGGUGGUGAAUGGGAAGAAUGGAUGGGAUUUGAAGGUGGUUGCCCAAGCACAAAUUAUUCCAAUCAUUACAUAAACUAUUAUAUCUGAUUGUAAUUGCCUUUAUUUUUUGAGCAAUUGCUUUCCUUUUUUGUAAGAGA